GAUUUCCUGUCAUUACACGGAACAAACUCUUGAUCUGACCGCGUUUUGCUGCUCAGAAACAUCUGCAUGUGGUGAUGAACGCACAACCUUCAUCCUGAUCUAAUAAAGAAGAUCCUGCGAAGACAAUUUUAUGUGUUUUUAAAAAACACAUUUUUAUUAAAAGAUACACACCGACCUUGAUGUCAGGAGGAUGCAUUUGGAUACGAGACAAAAUCUGUGACUUUUAUUCGUUACAAUGAACACGUUUAACGAAUAAAACAGAAGUAUGUCAUUAUGGACACGUGAGGGGUGUGUUAGUGUUUGUCUGAUGCCUCUGAGCGUAAAUGAAGAGUGUAAUUAGUGCUUUGUUUAGGAGGAUUUUUGCGCGCAUUGAGACUGAAGAGGAUGUGCAACUUUUCAGUGCGCAUCUGAAUGGGAACUCUGGUGCUUUCUCUAUUCAUAGAUUAAUAAAACAAUUGUUUUGGCAAAAGUCGGACGGCGAUGUGUGAGCUGGAGCUUCGGGGUGUUUGGGCACGGACUUGGGGACAGUUUAAGAUGCGGUCCAUUGUUCUGUUCUCUGUGGGAACAUGAUGGCAUGCCGAGGUUCGUGCUGCUGUUUGGGUCUGGGCUCUGCAAGCGAGGACACGGCGCGCUUCGCCAUGCUGGCGCUCCUCAUCCUGUUGUACCUGGUGUGCGGUGCCGCCGUGUUCUCCGCGCUGGAGCGGCCGGAGGAGGAGCAGGCAAAGGGCCGCUGGGCGCGCAGCUUCGACCUCUUCAGCCGCAAGCACAACGUCAGCCGCAAGGAGCUCGAGGGGUUUCUCAGAGCCUACGAAGAGGCCACCGGGGCUGGUAUCCGUGUGGACCGACCCAGGGCUCGCUGGGAUUUCCAAGGAGCUUUCUACUUUGUGGGUACAGUUGUGUCCACUAUCGGGUUCGGGAUGACCACACCGGCCACGGUGGGAGGCAAAAUCUUCCUGAUUUUUUACGGACUAAUCGGCUGUGCAGCCACCAUCCUGUUUUUCAACCUGUUUUUGGAGAGAAUUAUAACCGUGCUUGCGUUCGUGUUGAAGUCAUGCCACGAAGUCCAACAUCGGAGGAAAGGUGUUCUGCCUCACGACAGCAGACACGAGGCGGGCCACGCAAGGCCGGUGCACAGCGAGGACAGUCUGGCGGGUUGGAAGCCGUCUGUGUACUGCGUGAUGCUCAUCCUCUGCGUGGCAGCCAUCAUUAUAUCCUGCUGCGCCUCUGCCAUGUACUCCUCGAUGGAAGGUUGGGGUUAUUUGGACUCUCUGUACUUCUGCUUUGUAGCAUUCAGCACUAUCGGAUUUGGGGACAUGGUGAGCGGCCAGCGUGCUGCGUACGACAACCAGACUCUCUACAGCCUGGGCAACUUUAUCUUCAUCCUCAUGGGGGCUUGUUGCAUUUACUCACUCUUCAAUGUCAUAUCAAUCGUCAUCAAGCAGGUUCUCAAUUGGCUCCUGAAGAAGCUCGAGAUACCGUGCCGACACUGUCCGGGACGGAGCCUGCGUCCAGGAAGGAACGCUAUAAUGCCCGGCCACUUCCGCACCAGAGUCCGGAACAUCUCCAUAGACACGGACGCUGUUAACGAUAGCGAAACUGACGGCCGCAGGAUGUCCGGGGAGAUGAUCUCCAUGAGAGACUUUCUGGCUGCUAAUAAGGUCAACUUAGCCAUCAUGCAGAAACAGCUUUCUGAGACGGCCAACGGAUACCCACGACCGCCCGGCUCCAUCAACCGACACGAUGAAUUCUCUGGAGGAGUUGGAGCUCUGGGAAUCAUGAACAACAGAUUAGCUGAGACAAGUGUAGACAGAUAAAUCUGCACAACGACCAAAACAACCCAAAGAUGUCUAAAGUCAUCCAUCCUGUACACAUUUGCUCAGAUCUGUAGUUAAGUACAGUGCUGCUUCAGUCUUGCGCCUAAUGUCUCCUAAAUCUUUACAUAAGCUCAGGAGUGCUUUAGAAGAUAUCUAUAAACCCGAUGAACUCUUUGCUGCAUCAGAAAGUUGUUUAGACAUUAAAUCACGUUUUCUAGGUAAAGUAGGCUACAUGAUAUUUGCAGUCUAGUUCAGCUAAUUUAUCCAGAUGAAGGUUUUUUGAUGACAGAGUGCAUGCUUAGCUGUCAGUCGGGUCUC